GAAGCUAAACGAUACAAACAAAGCUCCUGAUCCUCAUUGGUGAUAAUGUCAAACAUCGGCCUGAUUCGACGCAUCCGCAACCGUCCUCAACCCCCAUUACCGAUACUAGCAUUAUCAAAGUUGAUUGCUUGUGUCAUACCCGCUGCCCAGAUUGCACUCGGUACAAUACAUCUGAAUGACUGUCCGCGGCAGCACUACAUCCCCAUCUAUCUGAUAGUGGCGGGAGUCUUUGGGCUGUUGCUGGCGUUGCUCUCCUGCCUGCCCUGGGCCAGAACCCCCGAAGAUGGCACCCCCAACCCGCUCAGUCGAAUCUGCACCGCCUGGAACUCGUUGUCAUCCUUAUUUUUCUUCUGCUGGUUCAUAGCUGGUAAUGUGUGGAUAUACUCUAUUUACAAGCCCAACUACGACAGGAACACAACGAAUGUGGAUCCCUACUGCGACAAGACUCUCUACCUGUUUGCCUUCUGGACCACCACCUUAGUCUACAUCCUCAUGGCUUUGUCCAUGGUUUGCGGCUGCUGCGUCUUGGUCUGCAAGUUGCUGUGCGGCCAAGCCGAUAGAGACGACGACGUCUAGAAUCAAACAAACCAACGAGGAGACAGGAUGCGUCUAAUGCGGCUGUUAAUGGUUGAUAUAUUGCCACACAAGAUUAAUAUGUUUUAUCUGAACACCUACCAUGUCUCGUAGUGGCACAGCCUGUGUUUUGACAGCCUCAUUUAGAUACACACUCAAAUCCAAGAUGCUGUAGAUUUUAACACUGAUCACAAUUAACGUCUGUAAAUGUUUUCUCGAUGCUGAGCCUUUUGUAGAAAAGAUACAAGAGGUAUUCUUACACAAGAUGUAUUCUUUACAUGUCGAACCAGGAAUUAGCCUUAAACUUGGUACAAAGUACUGGAUCUUGCUGAAUCUUUACUGAAUCUUGCCUUGUUGUUAAUUUUUUGUUGAUAAUUUGUGUCACGAAGGCACUCUAUAAAACAAACAAUCAUAUGCCACAUCUUUCCAAUCAUGCACUUUAAUAGACAAUGAUUAAUAAUACAGCGUAAGCCUAUAUAAGAUACUUUGUGAAGCCUAAUGCAGCGGGGAACCAUCUUAUUUUAUGCUUCCCUUUUUGGUUUCCAUCAUGUAACAUUGAAUCACAGUGCUUAAAUUGCAGAUCAAACUGUAUCAGAUGAGUUUCACUGCUAUAAUUUCUAUAACAUGAUUAAGAUUACAUACAGUAUAUUUGCCAAAAUGCAAUCAGAGAUAUGUUGUAUUUUGUCACCUGAAACAUCAAUUAAAAGAUAAAGAAAUGUAGAAAUGUGUAAUAUGGGAACUCUGUAAAAAUAGGAAAUGUAUUUCUCCGAAGCAGUGAUUUCUGAGGAUGUUGCAAACCGUCUCUUCAACCACAGAUGUGCUUUAUCUGGUAAAUCAUCCAGGUUACUAAAAUGGAGAGAUAAGAGGAAGUUGUCUUUUCAUAAAA